AGUCACAUGAUAUCAAAAUGGUAGACGAAGACCUACUUCUAAAAUGAAACUAGGCAGAACAGAGGUUUUACGAUGAGUAAAAUACUUUUUACCGAAAUAUUCAAAGCUGUGCUUAUGGUGGCUGUUUUGAUUUUCAACAUGUAUACACCAGUUGAGGUUACAGCUUCAUACCUGUCAAACUUAAAAGAGUGCAACUCAUCAUUGUCCUGUAGGGCCUGUGAUCCAGGAUACUUUGCUGAUCAAGAUGUAAAGGAGUGUAGUUGUUGCAAAGAUCUGGGCUUUUGUCUCCAUAACUGUACUACCUGUCCACCAGGACAUGACCAGCCUAAUCCAAGUCAGAUAGACUGCCAAAAGUGCUCCCCUGGAAAGUUUGCACCAGAACCUGCCACUAAACUCUGCCAAGACUGUCAUCCAGGGAGCUACAGUAACAUGAAUGGCAGCACAGAAUGUACACCAUGUGAAGAGGGUCACUAUAGCAACAGGUCUGGGUCAACAGAGUGUUUAUUUUGUGAAAGAGGUACAUUCCAAAACUCAACAGGCCAGGAAACUUGCAUUUCUUGUGCAGUAGGCCAUUUUAUUAAUGAGACGGGGUCCACUAGAUGUGAUAUAUGUGAACCAGGUUACCAUAGUAACAAAACAGGUCAACCUUUGUGUACACCAUGUGAUAAGGGUCAUUACAGCAACAUGACUGGUUCAGUAAACUGUGAUAGCUGUCCAACUGGAUCACACCAGAAUGAGACAGCCUCUACUUCUUGCGAGCCCUGCCCUGCUGGGAUGGAAACAAGAGAAGCUGGACAAGGGUGGUGUGUUCCAUGUAUAGACGGCACUUACAAGUCAAAGUCUGGCUUCAUUGUCUGUAAAGCAUGUUCUCCAGGCUCCUUCUCGAACAAUGUUGAGAGACAUGGCAUCAAUCUAAACUGUACCCUGUGUUCAGAAGGCCAUUACCAGGAUCAAGAAAAUAAAACCCAGUGCUCUCUCUGUCCUAUAGGCAUGUUUGUAAACUAUACGGGUGCAGUGAAGUGUGAUAAUUGUGGAGAGGGUCAGGAGUCCAGGUCAGAAGGGGCCACAAAAUGUCAUCCAUGUCAGGAGGGGCACUUUAAACCAACAAGUUCAAGUGAUCAGUGUGGUGAAUGCCCUGAAGGGUUUUAUGCCAACUUUACGGGUGCCAGUGCGUGUAAACCAUGUCCAGGCGGAUCAUUUUGUCCGAACCCAUCACUAGAUCCUCAGCCAUGUCCAGAAGACUGUCAAUGUCCAGCGUUGACGUAUUCACCCAGAUGUUGUCAUGGGCCUUGGAAGAAGUUGCAAUCGGACGGAUCAUGCAGUGCCUCUGCUGAGCUGAUAGGAAUUGUCAUUGGUAGCUCUAUAGCUCUGGUUAUUAUUAUACUGGUGUUUGGUUACAAUUUACGACAGUGGCGUAGAAAUCAACGAGAAAGGGAAGAACACCAACCACUUACGGAUAACACCAAUCCGACGUAUCGGGGAUAUUAACGAGGCAGGGAAUAAAUAAUACCUUAAAAGAUAGGAAUUAAGUUUGGACUGCUUUAUUUUACUGGUGUUACAAAAACCAGGACUUCAAGAGUUUGGGGGGAGGGCUGGCAUUGGGAAGGGAAGUGUAAAAAAAAUGGCUGAUAUUUAUUUUCAUUAAUGGUUUUGGGGAUGCUAGAAAGAAUAAUAGAUGCUUACAGUUAACACAAAUGUAAUACAAUAGGUGUCUGUCUGUGUGUGUGUGUGUGCGGUUGUGUGUUCAGAGUAGGUCAAUCGUCAAUAACAUAGGAUAAAAUAGGGAAAACAUCAGCCACCAAACUAUAACAAAACUCUGCUGUAUACUUGUAAGUGUUGGAGGAGGCCUAUAUUAUAUAAUGGUGUUGGAGAUUUGAUAUCAUAGGUUAGGGGGAUGGGGGAUUAUUUUAUAGCGGUAUUAAUGCAUGCUAUCUUUUCCCAGUGAUGUUUGUUAAUGAUACACAGCACACAUUCAGUUAACUGUCAGUUUUUGUUGUUUUACAGAUUUUACUUAGUAAAGUGAUAUUAUUAGCUUGUCAUUUUCUCAAAAAAAAGUUAUGUGAGGUAUUGUUAUAAGCUUGGUGUCAUAGCUGUGUGCAAAGUCUUGGACCAUGGGUUUCUUCCAUUAAAUCAUAUAACCCAGGGGGAAGGCACUUUUAAAUAAGAACCCCUACAGAAGCAAAUUAAUGGUUUGGGAGUCGUACCCCGAUUUUUGAUUUUUUCGACCCAGAAUAGGAAUAACCUUCUGAUUGAAAGUUUACAAACAUAAAAGGUCAAAGUUUUAAUUAACUGAAAACGGAUUAAGAAUUUAUUAGUUCCAAGUUUCCAUACCUCAGCCUUUUAUGGUUGCUGUUAAACAGGCAUAUGAUGAAGCAAUACAUCUUAAAACAUACCCUUCAAAUUUUUGUGCAAAAUUGGCAAAGCCUUUUUCUUCAAGGGCCCCUCGACGUCGAGCAACUGCCAAAAAUUUGCCAAUUUUUUGUGAUCAAUGGAAAACACCAUGUUUUUCCGGAAAUCUAAACAUUUCACAAAUUUUCUGUUUGCUCGGUCUGAAAUGGUUUUCGCCUGUACAUCAUAUGUGAUUUAGAUUUCGACAUCCCCAAAUCAGAAGCAAACUUCAUAAUAUCUCAGACAAUUUUGAUAAAUUGCUUUAGUCACUCAAAAGAAUUGCCCUUUAAUUAUAGAAGUUACCUCAAAUUGAUCUUGUCCAAUCAAUAACUUCAGAAUUCUUUUUCCAAUCAUCACCAAAUUUGGUCAGAAUGUUUAUUAUAUAAAUUACCUUAAAUACAUAUUUUUCGAUCAAUUUCUUUAGAAGCUUUACCAAUCAUCACCAAAUUUGAAUAGAUAACCAAUAACCUGAAAAUAGAAAAUGGUGGUUUUUAAGCAUGGUCUUAAGGCAUGGUUGCAUACUCAAUUAAGACAUGGUUGCAGUCUUACGGAGUGUUGCAGUCUUCAGGCAUGGUUGUGGUCUUAAGAAAUGGUUGCAGUCGCAAGGCAUGGUUGUAGUUUAAAAGUUUUGUUGUUAAGGCACAGCUUUUAAGGCUGUUAAGGUAUGGUUGUUAUGGCAUGGCUGCUGUCUUAUGGCAUGUUUGCAAUGUCAUUUUUCCCUGCAUUAUCAUGCAACAGUUUUUUUGAAAGAUUAUUGGGUGAUUGGUGUGGCUAAUUUGCAUCAAUAAAUUGAUGGAUUAAUUUAUUGAUUCAUUGUUCUUCCAUGUUUGUUUAGUGUAUUAUUCACAGUGUUUGUAUUUUUAACAUCAUUUGUAUUCUGUGAUCACUGCAUGCUAAUUAUGCUUAUAAUGUAUACCUGAACAUUUGAUUUGUCAAGUGACUAGCUUGCUGAUAUGUACUUGAUUGACUAAUUUGAUUGAUUGAUUGAUUGAUUGAUUGGUGUUCCAGUAUGUCUUUGAUCUUAAAACAGUACUGUGCUAUAUUUCAAUACAAUCUGUAGUUUCUAUUUUACAGUUCUGAUCAUUUUUCAUAAACGAAUCAUAUACAAGUCCUUUAUUGUGUUAUGUAUAUGUAUAUUUUAAUUUAAUUGUAUAAUUGAUAGACAUUCCAUUUAUGUUUGAUAUCAGACUGUAAUCUGCAAUUUUCUUUGCAUCAUAUUGAUAAUUCAUUGUGCAAUAAACCAUUGACUUAA